AUGGUCAUCAAUAAAACUUGUAAUAAAUAUAUGGCUCAUGGUGGAAGCUCUCUUUUAUCUUUACUUUUUGGCUACAAAACAAAGACUUCAAGCAAUGAAGAAACCAAAUCAUCCUAUGACUCGUGAUCAGCGGACUCAACUUUAUUGGCAAUGCUUACGUGCUAUUGACGAUGGUGAAUCCUGGUGUGUGGGUUGGUUUUAUUACUCUCAUGAUAUAUCUCAUCCUACUUUUGAUCAAAUACAACGUGAAAAUGUCACUGCUUGGUUUUCUUGGGCUUUUUGGCAAGAUCAUGUAGAUCAUGUUAAAAGUAAUUCAGAAUGGGCAGAGGAAUUGGAAUGGAUGGUAUUCACUGCAGAAAAACAUCUCAAUAUCGCCUUCGCUCCUGGUUACAAUCCUUCUCUCCAAUGUAUUCGUUUGAAUCUUGAUCCUGUCCAGGCGGUUCACCGACCACUUUUACUUUACAUUGGUAUCUAUCUUGGGACAAUCAUAUUCAACAACAUCUUCUUACAAUGGUGGUGGCAAUUUCAAGUCUAUGGUAAUCAUCAUAUUGUUUGGGGUGGUAUUUUACACAAUCUACAUCAAUGUUUAAUCUCUCUUGUGACAUGUCAACAACAACUUACUUCGUCUUCUAUUUCAACACCACCAAAAGAUCAACAUAUAGCUUAUUGGUACCGUGCAUCACCAGUACGACAUGAUAAUUACCAUAAUAGUCAAGAUAAUUCAAGGACUCCACUGGUGUUUAUUCAUGGCAUUGGAGCUGGAUUGAUGGGUUAUGCUGAAUUUCUGUAUCACUUGGUCGGCCAAGAUCGACCGAUCUUUUUUGUGGAAUUACCGCAUGUUUCGAUGCAUAUGGUGGAUAACGUACCUGAAGCUCAAGAUAUGGUCAAGGAUAUCAAGCAUAUGUUACAAGACCAUGGUUAUGAACAUGCUGUAUUUGUGUCUCAUUCCUUAGGAACUGCCGUUACAAGCUGGAUGAUGACCUAUGCUCCUACCUUUGUUGCUGGUACGGUAUUGAUUGAUCCUAUCUGUUUCCUUCUACAUUAUCCUCAAGUUUGUUUCAACUUUAUUCAUCGAAUGCCCAAGCGCAUAUUUGAGUAUGUGACAUUUUAUGGUGCAUCAAGAGAAUUAUAUAUCAGUCAUUACAUCUCACGACAUUUUCAAUGGUUUCAAUGUAUCUAUUUUGCCGACCUUAUGUCUAACCCUCGACAACAAACAAAUCCAUUGAAUAAUGCGACGGUAUUUCUCUCAGAGGCAGAUGGAAUUGUAGGAAGUCCGAUGGUAUACAAGUAUUUGACUCGAUGUGGUGUGGAUUGUCACCUGAUGCCUAAACUGGAACAUGCAGGCUUUUUAUUCAAUUGGACUUGGAGAAAACGAAUAUUAGAACAAAUUGAAUGUGUGGCUCGUAAUGCUGAUGAUGAAGGUAUUGAUUUACGAUCAUGAUAUUUUACUUUUUUUGGAUCCAUAGAAUAGAUUUCUUUUUUUUUUUUUUUU